UCCGGCGGCGGGAUUUAGCGGCGGACAGAAAGACCGGAGCGGGCGUUCGUGUCCCGCGACGUUGCUCCCCUCGCUCGCUCCGCCCCGGUGCUUGGUUCCGCCUGCCCGCCUGUGGCUCAGCGCGCCUAACCUGCUUUUCUCUGCUUUCGCAGGUCUCUUAGUCUGAACCCGGUGUGUUUGCUCUACUAGAGGCACACUUAAAAAAAAACCCUCUAAGAAUGAAAUAUGACUGAUGACUCUCAGAGAAACUUUCGAUCAGUCUACUAUGAGAAAGUGGGAUUUCGGGGAGUUGAAGAAAAGAAAUCUCUGGAAAUCCUCCUGAAAGAUGACCCUUUGGACAUUGAGAAGCUCUGCACCUUCAGCCAGAGGUUCCCUCUCCCAUCCAUGUACCGUGCAUUGGUAUGGAAGGUGCUUCUAGGGAUCUUGCCUCCACACCAUGACUCUCAUGCCAAGGUGAUGGCCUACCGCAAAGAUCAGUACUCUGAUGUCCUUCAUGCGCUGACGGUAGUCCGCUUCGUCAAUGAUGCCACCCCUCAGGUUGAAGUGUAUCUUCGCAUGUACCAGCUUGAGUCUGGGAAGCUGCCUCGAAGUCCCUCUUUUCCACUGGAGCCGGAGGAUGACGUCUUUCUCGCCAUUGCCAAAGCCAUGGAGGAGAUGGUGGAGGAUAGCGUUGACUGUUACUGGAUCACCCGAUGCUUCGUGAAGCAGUUAAAUAGCAAGUUCCGGGAUUCUUUACCUCAGCUGCCCAAGGCUUUUGAACAGUACUUGAAUCUGGAAGAUAGCAGGCUGCUGAGUCACCUGAAGACCUGCUCUGCCGUGUCCAAACUUCCUUAUGAUCUCUGGUUCAAAAGGUGCUUUGCCGGAUGUCUGCCUGAAUCCAGUUUACAGAGGGUCUGGGAUAAAGUUGUCAGUGGAUCCUGUAAGAUCCUAGUCUUUGUCGCAGUAGAAAUAUUAUUAACCUUUAAGAUGAAAGUCAUGGCGCUGAGCAGCGCGGAGAAGAUAACGAAGUUCCUGGAGAACAUUCCUCAGGACAGCUCUGACGCUAUUGUGAGCAAGGCCAUCGACUUGUGGCACAAACACUGUGGGACCCCGGUCCACUCAGCCUGACAGCUUGUGACUUCAUGGAUGGUCUGCAGGCCCUCCCUGAGCGCCCUGUCCAUGUCGCUACUAACUGUAUAGAAAUGGUAAUCUCGCUGUGGUGCUCAAAAUGCUCCCUCCACCCCCACUCAGUAAACUAAUUUAAUCAGA